AGUUGCCCUCGAAUUAAGAUAAUAGUGUGUUGUUUGGAAAGAAAAAUGUACAAUAAUUUAAUCUUCGUAAAAUGAGCACACAGGCAGCAUUUAGUUUGUGACUCUCUUCUUAAUAAGUUCACAUCUUUCGUUUCUUUUAGAUUUUUUUUUGUAUUUGUGAAUUUCCCCCCUUGUGAAAAUGAAACAUCUCGAAUUUGGCAUACUUUGUCUCUUGAUCUUCUGUCUUGACACUCAUGCCAUUACCUUCGUUUGCAACGGGCAGUCAUGCAAUUCGGACAACAUCAAGAUCUCCGCGAACCACGAAAUAACCAUACGGCUCGAUGAGUUUGAUGAUCACAUCGAGUUCAAGGAUUCCGUAAUACCGCAGAUACUUCGUGUCGUUGUCAGUGUACCGGAAAACAUUAACAACUUCAUCGCAACUCGAAGUGCAAUCGGGCAAAUUCAACCGAUGGCUUUUAAGCAACUUUUCGGCUUGUACACGUUGAAUUUGGCGGAGAACUUUUUGACAUCUGUCGAUGAAAAGCAUUUUUCCGGAUUAACACAGUUACGAUGGAUGUUCUUGUCUCAUAACAAAAUCAGCCAGAUUCAUCCAAAUGCUUUCAAAACAAUGGCGGAACUGGAGUAUUUGAACAUUUCAUCAAAUCAACUUCAAACCUUGGAUAAAAAAGUUUUCACGAACUUGAAGAAGCUUGAAGCUAUCUAUUUAGAUCACAAUCGAUUAAGUGUCCUACCGAGAACGAUCUUUGAAAGGAAUCGUAACUUAAGAUUUGUGGAUGUUUCGCAUAACCAACUGAUGACCUUCAACUUGGUCUUUCACGAUUCACUUUUCAUGCUGAAUCUAGCGUUCAAUGAGAUUGAAAGCUUCAAAGUUGACUUCAAAACUGAAUCUCGUCCUGAUGGCGAUAUUUCAAUCCUUAGAUUGGAGAAUAACCAUCUUCAUGACAUUUCGAACGUCACAUCACUGAAUCUCUCGUUCGAACUGAGCUUGGCAAAUAAUUUGAUAGCAUAUCACAGACCUGAUUCCUUGGAUCAACUGAAUCCCUUUGAUAACAUGAAAAAUUUGUGGAGUUUAAACAUUUCCAAUACCGGCUUCCAUUUUGGACAUGUUUCAAGUACCAACGACAAUCCCUUCGGAAAAAUGUCAGAACUCAAAGAACUUGAUUUGUCCUACAAUGACUUGCGUGAAAUCAACCUUAUGCAAAUUCGUGUUAUGGAACUCCGAAGUCUUCAGUUGAACGGGAAUAAUUUGACGGAAUUGAAUAUCGCGCCAAUUGGGCGUAUCCUUCCCAAUUUACGGGCACUCGAGAUAUCAGAUAACAAGUUUAAUUGUACCUAUCUGCGAAUGUUGAUGCAACAGUUGAACCAGGAACAUCACGCAAGACUCGAAAUUAGUAUCAGGGACGAUUUGACGGUGAAAAAUUCGACGCAUGUGAAUGGCGUUGGAUGUAUCGAUUUGGCAGCGAGACUCAAUAAAGCCUCUGAUGGGAUAUUUGAUGGCGAUAAGAUGAACGAACAUGAUACAAGAUUGAAAGUUUUGGAAGAACGAAUUGAUGAUUUGUUUCAAAAACUGAAUCAAGCACUCGAACUUCAACAAAAUUUCGCCAAAGUAUUGCGAAAUUUUACUCGGACAUUCGAAUAUGGCACGUAAGAGGGAUUUUUGUAGAAUAAGGGAAGAAUUUAUAUGAAAAAUUAGAGAGAUUAGACAGACACUAGAAUAGUGCAUUUACGUUAGGGGAACUUUUUUUCAACACGCAAACCCAUGAAUUUGUCACUUCCAUUUUCACUAAAAAUAAUAAAUAAAUACGUGUUUAAGGAAAAAGACCGAUGGGUCUGAUGAAAUCUUAA